AGCCUGCAGACAGAGAAAACGUUAUUGAAAACAAGAUGUGGCUGCUCCAGAUACUAAUUUGUAUUUUUCCAACUGGUGAAAGAACUUUCUAGACUUAAUGGGAGUUGCGCAAAAAAAUGUGUGACAAAUGUAUUAUGCCUUAUUCCUAAUAUUUAAAAUGUUGUUUAAUGUUAAAAAUUCAAGCAUUUAUUUGUGUGUUCGAGUAUUAAUUUAAAAUGUCACUCAAUCAAGAAGUUAAAAACAUUAUGCUACAAAAUGAUGAAACAAAAUUGAUCGCUUUGAAAGAUAUAUUACAAAAAAAUAUUAGUUGUUGUAAUAAUACGAUUCUUGUCGACUCUUACGAAGAAGAAAAAACUCUUAAAAAUUUUGAAAUCUAUCUGCCAAAGAGUUUUAAAGAAAAACAUAAUGUCAGUUAUGUUGUUUUAAGGUCUCAAUCAACUGGAAACUGUCUGUACAGUUCUAUCUCCUUACGUCUUACUGGAAAUAACUGUAUAGUUAACGAUUUAAGAUUACAGACCUCAAUUGAGCUAUUCUUAAAUGCCGAGUUUUAUUCUAACCACCCAACUUUUCAUUACCAAUUUCUGUUAUUUAUAUUUGUUACAAUAUAAACAAAUUAUAUAAUUAUUUACAAUAAAAAUAUAAAAUGUGUAAGUUUAUAAUUUAAUAAUGAAAUGUGUAAAUAUAAAUCUAGUUUGUCAUAAUAAGUUUGUAAAUAUUAUGUAAACAUAAUUUUACUAUGGUAAAGUGCCCAAGCGAUAU